AUGGCUUCCAACGCCCCCGCUGCUUGCUGUGCUUCUGGUUUCAGACACGAGGGAACUCCCGCUGGCGAGACCAAGGAUGUCAACGGAGUCACCACAUAUAUCACUUACCCUACGGAUAAGAAGACCGAAAAGGCCGUCAUCUUCUUGCCCGAUAUCUUCGGCAUCUUCCCCAAUUCUCAGAUCCUCGCCGACGAGUUCGCCAACAAUGGCUACCUGACUGUCAUCCCGGAUCUGUUCCAGGGCGACCAGAUCAGCGUCGAGGAUAUGAAUUCCGGCAAAGUCGACUUCCCCACUUGGCUCCCUAAGCACCAGCCCGAGAAUGUCGAGCCCGUUAUUGAUUCGACUAUCAAGUACCUGCGUGAGACUCUCGGCGUGAAGAAGAUCGGCGCUGUCGGCUACUGCUUCGGCGGCAAGUACGUCUGCCGCUACCUCAACGGCAAGAUUGAUGUCGGUUACACUGCCCACCCCUCUUUCGUCACCCACGAGGAACUCGGUGCCAUUAAGGGUCCUCUGUCCAUCGCUGCUGCUGAGGUCGACUCUAUCUUCACUACUCAGCUCCGUCACGAAUCUGAGGACACUCUUAUCAAGGCCGCUCAGCCUUGGCAGAUCAACCUGUUCAGCGGUGUCAGCCAUGGCUUCGCUGUGCGCGCUGAUCUGAGCGACCCCAAGCAGAAGUGGGCUAAGGAGCAGGCCUUCUGCCAGGCCGUUGGCUGGUUCAACCAGUACCUGUAA